AUGCUCUUUCGAUCCUCCACGGUAAAACAUGGGUCGGUCCCCUCUGCAAAUCUUUAUGGAGAAUAUGAUACAGAAACCCACGAGUCCCCUCUUGCUCCAAUUGCUGAAUCUCGUUCCCAUGCCCAAAAUGCGCUGCCCAAACCGUCGUCGCUCGGAGAAGAACCUGCAAAACCGUAUGCGCCGACGAGGAAAGACGAAGACAAGUCCAAUGAGCUCAGAAACGACUAUCUUGCCAAAUACCAAGCUCUCUUUGAUAUCCACAGCCUUCCCAGAAAGACUCUAGAAGAAGCUGCUUCUCGACCCAAGGAAAACCGUUUCAGUUACUAUAUCCAGGAUGAUGCUUAUGAGGAAUUCAAUCCAUUUGAUGAUUCCCUUCGUCAUGGCCACGAUGACGGUUUUGUAACCCCAUCGGAAUCUCCUUCCAAGCCCAAACCUGCUACUACUCCUAAAACCCUUCCUUUGCUUCCAGAAAUGUCAUCCGACGAAGAACUCAAGGCCCAGCAUGUUCAGGAAUCAGCUGCUUUUGAAAAGCAUCCUGUUGACUCUUUUCGUACCCCUUCUCGGAGACCUGUUUCCUCCAUUUUACCCUCCCAAGACCUCUUUCUUUCCACCCCGCAGCAGUCCCCGUCAAAACUUCCCAACCCUUCCGCAGAAUUUUCCGCUAACUCCCGGGUUUCUACCAGCGUCUUUCCAAGUCCAACUCCCUCUCAAGAUUCCCCCAAACGCAGCCCUUCCAAACACUCUUUGGGCAAACCCAGCUUGUCUUCCCUUCUCCGCCGUCCUUCUUCCUCCCAUUCUCCGAAAAAGCAGUCUCCCGGCAUUCAUCGUCGCUCUUUGACCCAUUAUCUUAAAUUUCCCCAUCGUUCUACCGCCCAUCCAACUCCUUCUCCCGCCACCGUCUUUGGUAAAUCCGUCGAAGAUUUAAGUAUUUCCUAUGCUGACGACCUCUGUAAGUUUUCCUUUCAACCGAUUGAACUGGCCCCGUUCCCUCUCUUGCUUCCCCAUGUGUUUGCACAGUGCAUAUAUGCCUUGUCAUCAAAUGCUCUUCACGUACCUGGCAUUUUUCGAAUCAGUGGCUCGGGCCCCAUCAUCAAUGCUAUUAUGAAAAACUAUUAUCUGCCUCCUCACUAUUGGCUGGAUGAGACCUCUAGCGUUUUCAACAAAAUUGGGUUCCCUACAAGCAUCGACAUUGGCGGUGUUCUCAAACGGUUUAUCAUGGUUUUACCCGGAGGACUUUUGGGAACAAAAGAUGUAUUAAACAUGUUUGUUCCUUUAUUUUUAGACGAGUCACCGUCUUUACCAUCUGAUGCGUGGGCUGAAUUAGUCGCCUUUGCCAUUGCUCAAAUUGACUCAGUCAUUCGCUUUUCCUUGUUUUGCAGUCUCAUGGCUCUUUUACGGCAAGUUUCCAUGCGGACAAGGGAACUGGAAGCAACGAUGGAGCUUGGCAAAGAAUCUAGUUUAAUGAAAUCUGAAGCACUGGGGAUUAUCUUUGGUCCUUUAUUGUUAGGGAAUUCCAUAUCGGAUCUUUCCAAGUCAAGCCAGUCUUCUGAUUUUAAUAACCUUAUGCAGUUUGAAACGGAAAAAGCAAGGGUGGAGGCUAGAAUUGUCGAAGGAUUAAUCAAUCGCUGGCCACAAAUUAUUUCAAAGUUGACUUUGUUUAAUGUUCAUCAAAGCUUUCCCGAUCAUUCACUCUUAAACUUAGUUCCUAAUUUUCAGCCUGCUUUUCCUCUUGUCGAAGAACCGGUCGAUUCCGCUCAUGCUCCCAUUGAAGAAUCUACGACGGAAAAAUCAAACUACGCGACAAGCAAUGAAUCUCAAAAUCGUUCCGAAACUAUCUCAUUACCGUCCGCUUCAAGGAGCCUGAAUGAUUCCAAUUCACAACUGUCAACAAAAGUUCUUUCCGCUUCUGCAUCAACACCACAGAUCACUCAUAUUCAAGAAGGAAAUUCGCAUGAGCAGGAAAUCCUGCCUUCCCGAAGAGGUGUCUUCAACGUCGAGCCUGAGCCGGUAUAUAGUCGUUCGGAACCACAAAACUUAUCUACCCAGCAUGCUCAAUCGAAGAUUGCAAAUUCAAAAAAAUCACAACUCGAGGAACCUUCAUACUCAUCUAUUGCGCAUCAGCCAGAAGCAGCCGACGCCGAACAGCAAGAUCUGAAACCGAAAAAGGCUUCAAAGAAGAAACCCUCAAAAGGAAAUUUUUUAUCAAGAUUUUUUGGAAAAUUCAAAUCACAAAAAAAGAAGCAUUAA